AUGGCAGCCGAGCUGGUUGGGACGACGAUUGGCGUCAUCGGCCUGCUAGGUCAGUUGUUUGACGGCUGCAUCAAGGCCUACGGCUACUUCACGACGGCGUCGCAGCUCGACACGGACAGCCAGCGGCUCAUGUGCAAGGUGCGCAUCGAGGAGAUGCGGCUGGUCGUCUGGGGCCGCGAAUGGGGCGUCGCCGAGGGCCGGCUCGAGGCCCAUCUCGACAGCGGGCGCAACCCGCAGCUGAGGGCGCUGGCGAUGCAGAUCCUCAAGGAGCUGCACGGCACCGUGGCCGACUUCCGCAAGCUGCAGGACAGGUACGGGCUCGUCGAAGACCAUGGCGCCCAGGACAAGGACGGCGAGGCGUCCAAUGGGUCGGCCAAGGCCGGCAGAGGCUGGAGAAAGGAGGUUGGCCUGAGGACCAAAUGGGUCAUUGCAGACAAGGACAAGUUUACCAAUCUCCUCAGAGACCUCAAAGACUUCAACGACGGCCUCGAGCGCCUCUUCCCGGCGUGGCAGCUGCCGUCGCUGCAGCGGGCCUGGACGCACCAGCUCCUCGAGUCGGCGCAGCGCGACCUCGGCGAGCUGUCGCUGCUGGAGACGGCAUCGACGGGCAUCUACCCGCAGCUCGAGGCGUCGGCCAAGCUCAAGCGGCUGCGCAUCAACCUCGACAGCACGCCGCAGUCGGCCUUUAAGCCGACGUUUGCGCUCAGGGUGCCGCGGGCGGCGCUCGCCGUCGAGGACCUGGACAGCCCGCGGCGGUGCCGGGCGCGGCACGAGGCGGCGGGCGACGUCGUCGUCGAGUGGGUCGACUACGACGCCGACGCCGUCGACGAGCGCGUCGUCCACGUCCGCCGCAUGGACGACCUCGCGCGCAUGAUGCACUCGGCCUCGGAGCGGCACCCGGACCUGCACAGCGUCGACUGCGUGGGCUACACCGACGACGCCGCGCGCUCGCGCUACGGGCUCGUCUACAAGGCGCCCGCCCCGUCCUUUGCCACGCUGCACGCCCUCAUCGCCAGCACCGACCUCAAGACGCCCGACCUCAACGACCGCGUGCGCCUGGCCCGCACCCUGGCCAUCGCCCUGUGGUCGCUGCACUCGCUCGACUGGUUGCACAAGUCGCUCUGCGCCUCCAACGUGCUCUUCUUCCCCUCGGCCUUUUCCUCCGCCGCCGCCGCCGCCGCCGCCGUCGUGCCCGACAUCUCGGCGCCCUCGCUCAGCGGCUUCGACGCCUCGCGGCCCGACCUCGACGCCGCCCUCUCAGUCGCGCCGCGCAACCCGUCCAUCGAGGACCUGCACCGCCACCCGGCGGCUCUGCGCGGCCGGCCCCACCGCAAGGCCUUUGACGUCUACUCGCUCGGCCUCGUCCUCCUCGAGAUUGGCCUGUGGAAGGUGCUGCAGACGUUCCACAAGCCCCACUACGCCCCCGACCGCUGGCGCGACAAGGUCCUCCUCGCCGUCCUCGUGCCCGGCCUGGCCGCCAAGGUCGGCCGCCUGUACGCCUCCGUCGUCGACAUGUGCCUCCGCGCGGGCGAGGAUCUCGAGAGCGGCGAGGCAGGUAAGCUGAUGGAGACGGUGGUGACGACGCUCGAGAGUAUCCGCGUCUAG